AUGGAUAUGAGCACAGGAACGAUGAUGUCCAUGGCCGACAUGAUGAUGACAUUCUUCACCGCAACAAACACGCCUCUGUACUCCGAGGCCUGGACACCCAACACCACCGGCCAAUAUACAGGGACAUGUAUCUUCCUCAUCGUCCUGUCCGCCAUCUUUCGCGGCAUCAUCGCCUUGCGGGCAAACUUUCCGGCUAUGCUCAUAUGGUUUGCGCAUCGAAGAGAUACCAGUCUUCUGAGAUCGGACUUUGAGGAGCAUGCGAAGUUGAGGCUGCUGGCUGUGCCCCAGAGGCCGUGGAGCGUCAAUGAGGCUCUCGCGCGAGCUUUGCUGGAUACCGUCCUUGCUGGCGUCUCAUAUUUGCUGUAAGUGUCGAGUCCAGAAACCUCGAAUGCUGAGUGUGGUUCGCUGACGGUAUUCCUAGUAUGCUUGCGGUCAUGACGAUGAAUGUUGGAUACUUCUUGUCGAUCCUGGGAGGAACAUUCCUGGGCAGCUUCGUCAUUGGGGAUUGGGUUGCCACGACAGCCAUGCACUGCGAUGCGCACUGA